AUGUGCUCGGCAAGCCGGCCCUCCUCAGUGAUGGGAAACCAACAACAAUGCAGAAACAUCCACGCCAUCAACUUGUUUUUCUCCUCCUGGGUCUUAAGCUUUCUGACAAUAGGAAUUGUCGUGGAAGACUGGGUUCACCUGAAGACAGAGAAUACGCCAAUCAGUCACAGUCCCUGGAAAAGCGGCAAUGAUCUGUGGCAAGGAGAUAACACCGAAAACAUCAGGAUCAUGAUGGCCGCCAUCCUCAGCCUCACCUUCUUCCACAACUUCUUCCUGGGCUUGGGGUUCACUCAUAUGAUACCUCAGAAUGAAUAUUCCUGCUUCACCUCUAUUGCCUUCAGUUUCCUCACAGGUAUGUUCUUGCUCAUCGCACUCCUGGCGUACCACUACAAUAUAAAGCAAGGCCACUACAGGUACUCUAAUUACAACUUGACCUGGAUAACUUUCAUCAACUACCUGAAUGUGAUCAUGCUCAUCACCUCAGAUAUUCAAUUCAACGUACCUGAAAGGUAG